AUGUCGGACGAUGGUGACCCGAUGAUCAUCAACGAUGAGCUAAGGUUGUUGGGGAACGGGGGGACAACGAGAACGACGUCGAGGUGUUCGGUAGCAGUGCUGAUGGGGGUGUUGGCGCUGGUGGCGCCACCGGUGCCGAUGAAGCAGAUGGCGCCGGUGAAGCCGCCGCGUCAUCAGCCACUGGCCGCAAGCGAACCAGAAUGUGUCGAUCCGAGGUGUGGAACGACUUCGAAGAGAUCAAGCGAAUCGAGCAAGAACCCUGAUGACACUGUUCGUCAUUGGGAGUAUGAUCCUGAUGUUGCUCGUACUGAAAUGUGUAGGCUAAUUGCACGUACUGAUCUACCCCUUUCUUUUGGUGCAUCUGUUGCUUUUCAAGACUAUAUUAGAACUGCACAUAAUCCUAGAUUUACUGCUGUUUCUAGGCAAACAACCACUAGAGAUUUUGUUAAGCUUUUCAAUACUUGUCGUGCUAAGCUUAUGAAUAGAAAAAGGCUUCUUGCUCUUAGGCUCAUUGAUGAGUCUCACACUGGCCAAAACAUUGACGAACGUGUUCUUCUUGUUCUAGAUGAGCAUGGUUUAAAGGAUAAGGUGUUCUCUGUUACCCUAGACAAUGCAUCAUCUAAUACUACUACUAUAGAUAAGCUGACACCUAGCAUUAAUGGUUAUAUUGGUAACAUGUUUAUGCAUCAACGAUGUGCUUGCCAUAUUAUAAACUUGAUUGUUAAGUCUGGUUUGAAAAGGUUGAAGCCUUAUCUUGAGGCUUUUAGGACUGCCAUCUCUUUCUUGAACUCUUCUAACUUGAGGAUUGCUGGAUUUAAAAGUUAUUGCAUUGCUGUGGGGGAGCUCAUUAGUGUGUUCAUUGACAUUCACUACUCAAGAGCUCCUAAUGAGAAUUUACUUCUAACUGAUUUACAUUGGUAUGUUGCUGAAAAGAUUCUAGAAUUUCUUGAGGUUUUUUAUGAUGCUACUGUAGUUAUUUCUGGUGUUUAUUAUGCUACAUCUCCACUUAUGAUUCAUCAACUUCUUUCAAUAGCACGACAUUUGCAUGCCUAUGAGAAUGAUGAUUUACUUAGACAUUCUGUUGUUCCUAUGAAGACUAAAUUUCUUAAGUAUUGGAGAAACAUACCUGCAUUGUAUGCCUUUGCAUUUAUCCUAGACCCUAGAGGUAAAAUGAAAGGUUUUUAUAAUGUUCUCAGGGUUUUAUCUUCACUAACCGGUACCGAUUACUCUGCAUACUCAACUCAAAUUAGAGCUGAACUCAAUACUAUGUUUGAAAAGUACAAUGAUAAGUUUGGUUCAGUUAGAUUGCAAAGGCCCCCUGUUGCACCAUCUGGUCCUGGUAAGAGGAGGACCAACUGGGGUAUGGUCUUUGGGGAAAAUUCUUCAGGUGUUGGUUCUGCAACUCUUGGUGUUGGACUUGUGUCUCCAUCACCCUCUGUAUCUACGAGGGGUUCUGCUACUGCUUUGCUGCAGGCAGCAAGUGCUGGUUCACAUAUUGGUGCCACUGAGCUAUCGUCGUACCUUGACAGUGACACAGUCAAUCAGUACAACGAUGAUGAUUUUGAUAUAUUGAACUAA